ACGCAAAACACGGUUACCCUCUGGUUCAUUAUUUGGAUUCUGGAAGACCAAACAUCGAGAUGCUCAACAUCAAUCUCUCGUUCUCUCUCUCUUUCUCUGCUUCAUUACGUAAAACAAAACAACAUUUUGUGCUGAAAGAUGAUAAGAGCGGAUGCUCCGGUGAUGCCUCUCGAGACUCCUCCUCGGAGCAGUGAGGUUGGAGAGAUAGACACACAUCCUCCCUUUCAAUCAGUUAGAGCCGCCGUUAGUUUGUUCCGUCAAGUUAGCUUCUCAAAGCAACAACCACCAAGUCUCUCCUCCUCCUCUCAGGAUUCAACGGAUGUGCCAGAUAAAGAGACACAGCUUCUGUUAGCAGAACAAGAAAUGAAUAGAGUCCAUCUCUGUCGUGACAGCUCUGUCAACGCGAAAGCACGAGCUCUCUCUGAUCUCGACUCAGCUCAGCGAAAGGCCGCUGACUUGAGGGAUAAACUUGAAACCACCAAACAGUCAAGAAAAUGUGCGAUCCAGACCAAACACACCAUGAACCAACGGUUAGAGAAACUUCAGUCUCAAAGCCAAGAAACAGAGAGCGUAAGAGAGAGUUACAUCUUAGCCACCGCAGAGCUGUUCAUGGCUAAGGAGAAGCUUACGGAAAUAGGACAAGAGUUCAGCAUCUCCGUGGAAGAAAGGUUAUCUGAGCUUCAAAGAGCAGAGGAAGCAGAGUGUUCAUCAAUGGUUAACUCCCAAAAGAUCAAUGACAUGUUAAAAGAGAUAGCAGAGAUGCGUGACACUGCUGAGAGAUUGAACUCUGAUGCUGAUAAGAAGAAAGAGGAAGAGGCAAAGAUAAACGAGAAGAGCAUUGACGCGAAAGAGACUUAUGCUGAUAUGAAACGAGAGGCUGAGAAGAGGCUGGAGGAUCUGAGGCAAGACUGUGACCCUGAACUGAGGAAAGAGAUUGAUGAGCUUGCGGAGAUAUCUGCAGAGAACGAGAGUUUACAACGAGAGAUUAAACUUUCCCGUGACCUCAAAGAGGCCAAGAGUGCUAUGCAAGAGAUUUAUAAUGAAGAGAGGUCAUACAAAAGCUUGGUGAUAUCACUCACGGUGGAGUUAGACGGUAUGCAGAGAGAGAACAGAGAUUUGAAGGAGAAGGAAAAAGAUAGAGAAGAGGUUGAAGAAGGAGAAUGGGUAGAAGAGAGACUUAAGGUUGAAGAAACCAUGCGUGUAGCAGAGAGAACAAGACAAGAAGCGGAAGAGACGAGGAUGCACGUGGAUGAGCUCAGGAGAGAAGCAGCAGCAACACAUACCGUGAUGGGUGAAGCAGCGAAGCAGCUGGAGAUAGUUAGAAGAGCGGUGAAGAAAGCGAAAACCGCAGAGAAGAGAGCUGUGGAAGACAUGACGGUACUUACUGAAAAGAAGGAGAGCUUGACGCAUGAUGAUCCUGAUAAGAAGAUUAGAAUAUCGUUGAAAGAGCACGAGGAGUUGAGAGGGAAGCACGAAGAGUCAGAGAGAAUGGUGCAGUACAAGGCGGAAACGGUUGAUGCUCAGCUGGAAGAGAUCAACGAGAGCAGAGUAGAAGGAGAGAGCAUGUUGGAGGAGAAGAUGAAGGAGAUGGAACAGGUAAAGGAGGCGACUGAUACUGCGUUGAGAAGCGCAGAGAUUGCAGAGGAAGCACACUGCAUAGUCGAUGCUGAACUUAGAAAAUGGAAACCAGAAGAAUUGCAGUAGAUGAUGUUGAUAUUUAGGUAGAAACUACAUUGACAACAAAGAUACAAUAGUUGUA